AUGGGGAUAAUACGAAUCCUUCUCCUGGGUGCUUUGCUACACCAAACGGAUGGACAGGGUUUAUGGAAUAACCAAAGGGAAUUUUCCUCCUUAUCUCAACUCAAUGUUGAAAACCAAAGACAGAUCCUUGAGCAAUUCAAUGAAAUACGGAGAUCUGUAGUUCCCCCAGCCAGGAACAUGCUGCAGAUGGUGUGGAGUGAGAAAGCUGCCAGAAAUGCUCAGAAAUGGGCAAAUAUGUGUGAGAUGAGAGUCAGUCCAAGAGAUCAGAGAGUCCUUGACGGUGUCAUCUGUGGUGAGAACAUAUUGCUGUCUUCUAACCCAAAAACAUGGCCUGAAGCAAUCCAAGUCUGGAACAGUCAGUCCUCAAACUUCAAGUAUGGAUAUGGAGCAACCACAAAAAAUGCCAACAUCGAGAGUUAUACUCAGCUGAUCUGGUACAACAGCUACGAGGUCGGGUGUGGAGUUGCCUACUGUCCUAAGGACCAGUUCAGCUACUUCUAUGUUUGCCAGUACUGCCCUGCAGGAAAUAAUGCAAUGCAAAUAGCUACACCUUACAAAAGCGGACCGAAAUGUGCUGACUGCCCUGGCCACUGUAACAAAGGGCUUUGCACCAAUCCCUGCAGGUACAUAAAUGCCUUCGCAAACUGCAACAACCUGAAAGCCCUUUUUGGCUGUAGACAUCCACUGGUGAAGGAAAAGUGUCCUGCAACCUGUAAAUGCACCACUCAAAUCAUAUAACAUCCUGGUGGAUGUCACCACAGCUGCUGCGAGACUCGCCUGUUAGGAAAGUGUAGAACUCACUGUGAAGUGUAUUCACUCUCAGUGCAGCAGCUCAGACUGACCUAUAAGUAACAUUGUUUUUCUGAA